ACAAGGGCGAGUAGUGGAGUCGAGACGGAGAUGGCGACGGAGACGGGGUCAAUGCUGGCGCGUGUAUGACUGUGUCUAGAUAGGCAGCAUAGUGUUGCGAAUGAUGGAAACGAGUAGUAAGGGCGGGAGAGUCUGGGCCGCUAAGCUGUACUGAGAUUGAACGUCCGCACGCCCUCGAGACUUGAACGAUGUUGCAGGCAGCCAAGCCCUGGAGCCGGGGAAGUCGCGUCCCACCCCUGCCGAUUUGCGCGUGGCGAGCCUGCCGCCCUGUUGAGUGGUCCGGAACGACGUACCGGCUACACCUAUACGCUGCCCACUUUGUCAACCUGCAACCUGCGUCAACUGCCACCCAUGAACUGUAUCCGAGUCACCCUAUGACAGCUUCCUCAUUUGCAUUACUCAGCCCGAACAAAUUCACGCAAAAGCAUGCUUCCAGGUUUUCCUCACCUCGACGCAAUUGAGUUUGAGCAGGCCUGCGAUGCGCUGCAGCGAUGCUUUCAGCUGAGAGGUAGCGCGCAGCACGAGUGGCUUUCCGUGGAGAAGAGGCACCGAAAUGGGUCCGUAUAUCUCAACAUUACCACCCAUCUGCCGCUCCAUGCAGAUCGACCUGCGGUGCAUGAUCGGGACGCUAUUGAAGAGAAUGAAGUAGUGGACGACGACGAGGAAGCUCUUCGCGAUGCCGUAGCACCCCAGCCAGUUGUAGACUACGACAUUGUCCUAUCGGAUGUCUAUCGCAUGCCCGUCUUGUACAUCAGCAUUCGUGACCCUCAGCACCGGUAUCCGCCGACAAUGACUACGUUGUACGAGCACUUGGUCCCGCCGCAGUUCAAAGCUCAAACAGAGAAUGCUGGUGUCAUUGGAGGCAUUACUAUCACUGAGCACCCGCUAACCAACAGACCUGUGUUCUUCAUCCAUCCAUGUCAGACGGCUGAUGUGAUGGAGGCCAGUGUCGAGAGCGUUAUAUCAGCAGAUAAGUAUAUGACCAUAUGGAUAGGGGCCAUGGGAAAGUCCGUUGGUCUGAACAUGCCGCUACAACUAGCAAUGCCAAACGAUACUUAACAUUGACAUGCCUGAUUUAUGA